AACACCCUCUACAAAUUCUCUCUCUCUCUCUCUCUCUCUCUCUCUCUCUCUCUCUGCUUCCUGGGUGAACAUACGAAACACGGACCUGUUUCUCGUUUUUCAUCCGAAAUUCAUACAUUAAAUGGAUCACCUUCCCGAUGCGCUCCUUCAACACAUCCUUUCCGACAUGACAAAUGCUCGGGACAUCGCAUUGUGCAACUGCGUGUCCAAGCGGUGGAAAGAAUCGACGGAAUAUGUCAAGACCAUAUACUUUCCCCGGAAUUCCUUUGAUAAAAUCUUGGUGAAUGAAGACCCCGACAGCAUUGUUUUGAACACGAUCUCGUCCUUUUCUCGUCUUGAGGGGCUUGUGGUGUACAGCUCGUUCACCAGCAAAGGCCUUGCUUCUUGGUUGAUGAACAUCGGUUCGUCUCUUAGGCAUCUCGAGCUGAGAAUGGACAACCUCACUACUUGUCAAGCAAUGGAGGCAUCCUCGAAACUCGAUUGUAUCGGUAUGGCCAAGAAUUUGGAGAUUUUGAAGCUUUGGGGGGUUUUAAUGGUUAAUCCUCCCAAAUGGGUCAUGUUCCAGAGCCUUCAUUGCCUUGAAAUAGUCGGAGCUAGAGUGGAGGAUACCGUGUUAACUAAUGCAUUACGUGCUUGCCCGAACUUGAGAAACUUGCUUCUGCUUGGCUGUGAAGGAGUUAAAUCCAUUUCGAUCGAAUUGCCCCUCUUGGAGAAAUGUAAGCUGGAUUUCAACGGAUCGGGUAGCAGCGUGCUCUCUCUCACGAGCUCAAGACUUGAGUCCCUUGAUGUUCAAGGCUGUAGCUGGAUCAGGGUCCCCGAAACGAGGUCCUUAAAGAACCUCUCAAUCUCCAAUUCUGCUGGGAGAGUGUACAUGGUAGAAUUCGGGAGUCUAACUUCACUCGAAGUCUUGUCGAUUCGAGGAGUACAAUGGUGUUGGGACGCGAUACACAGAAUGCUAGAGCAGGCGAGAGAAGUGAAGCAUCUGUACAUGAAGGUCGAAUUCACGGGCGAUCACGAGGCCUUGCAACCCUUCCCCGAGUUGGAUAUCGUCGAGUUCUUCAAUAACCAUCCUAAGCUGCAAAAGUUCGACAUCCAUGGAGCAAUGUUCGCCGCGCUUUGCCAGAAAAACAGCUUAAAGAACGUGGAGAGAGGGUUCUCGAUUCCGUGUUUGGAGGAAGUGGUGAUAACGGUGAGAUCGCCGUUGAACGCAGAGCAGAAGAUGAAUACGCUGGAAUCGCUGGUGAAACAUGGGAAAUCGCUCAGAGUGAUGGUGAUAAGGAUCCUUCAGAUGAAGAGCAGCCACCGUAGUGCUGACGAUUUCUUCGAUGAGAUCUGCAGGUUCAAGUUCAUGAAUCGUAACUUGGUCCGAAUCGAAUGAAAUGACCAAAAUCCAUCUUCUAAUCUAAAACUUCCAUUGAUUUUGACAUCAAAAAGAAAAUCCUAGUUUCCAUUUAUUUUGUUUCACGUCCUGUGUUCUUUGGGGUUUGUACUUUGUAUCAGCUGAAUGUUUUUAUUUGAACAUUUAUUUUUUUUUUCA